AUGAGCGGAAUUGACGACUUCAAAGUCGAAGCUGUUCAAACCAGCCACGAACUUAGACGCGCUGCGCUGGGACAUGAGCAGUCUAUGAAGCGCCGCUUCAAUGUCUGGUCUUUAAUUUUCUUGGCAUUUUGUACCAGUGUCACUUGGGAGGUUAUUUGCGCUACCAUGACUCAAUCGCUCCUAACCGGCGGGAGCUCCAGUAUGGUCUGGGGGUUUGCCGCAUCCGCAAUUGGAGCUUUGGCCAUUGCUCUGUCUCUCAGUGAGUACGCCAGCAUUUUACCCACUGCCGGGGGCCAGUAUCACUAUGUUGCAGCACUAUCACCACCAAAGUAUGCUAGAGCACUGUCCUGGCUCGCCGGCUGGGCUACUAUUUGGAGCUGGGUUCUGUCAGCACUCUCGGGUAUCUUUUCAAAUGCUAUGCAGAUUCAGGCCUACGUGAUUCUUUUUACGCCCGGAUAUGUGUACCAACGGUGGCAUACUAGCUUGGUCGUCAUUGCCAUCGCCACAUGGGCCACGGCACUCAGCAUCGUUGGAAUCAAAUGGCUACCUCGAAUUAUGUACUUGGGUAUCGUACUGCACAUCGCUGGAUACAUCGCCACAAUAGUUUAUUUACUUGCUUCGGUGUAUCCGAAGAAUUCGGCUUCUUUUGUGUUUGGUGAUCUGACCAAUCUGAGCGGCUGGAAGAGUGAUGGAGUUGCUUGGUCAGUGGGACUUAUGAGCUCUGCGAUAGGCUUCGUCAACUGGGAUUCCUCGACGCACAUGGCCGAAGAAAUGCAAAACGCAGCGAGAGAUUUGCCUCGGACUCUAUACGGAUGUGUAGCCCUCUCGGGCUUACUGACUUUUCCAUGGGUCAUCGCCCUGAUGUUCUGCAUGACAGAUGUCCAGUCCAUAGUCGAAGGCCCCGUUGGAACAAUCUCCCCACUAGUCCAGCUGAUCUAUAAUGUGUCCGGUGGCGACCAAGCCACUACUAUCGGGAUGACAUCGUUUUUCUUGAUCCUGUCCCUGAGUGUGUCAGGACCUGGUGUCAUGAGUGCAACCUCUCGCAUUGUCUGGUCCUUUGCGUGUGAGGGAGGCAUGCCCUCUCCUUUCACACGCAUUCAUUCGCGCUGGGAGGUCCCAGUGAACGCACUUUUGCUGGUAUGGUUCGUUGUUUCAGCUCUUUCGCUCAUCUAUAUCGGGAAUUCCACCGCUUUCUAUGGAAUUAGCUCUGGCGUGACCAUUGUUAUGAUUUUUUCCUAUUGCCUGCCGAUCGUUCUGAAUCUUGGCUGGGGAAUCGAUGGCAAUAAAUUGAAGCGAGGACCGUUUACUCUCGGUCGCUGGGCGCGGGCGAUCAACAUCUUUGCAUUCUGCUGGUGUCUGUAUCUGAUCGUCUUCAUGACCUUCCCCACCGUAAUGCCAGUUUCAGGCUCAACAAUGAAUUAUGGAGUGGUUCUCUUCGGUGUUUGCGUUUUAAUUAUUCCAGUUGUUACCUGGUUUUCUUAUGGCCGCAGGUCAUACCUUGGUGUCUUGGGGGAACAUAUCAUCGCUAUUGAAGGCUUUGGAGGGGAAGCUCUGCAGCCUGAAGAUAAGGCAAUGAGUGGAAAGGAUUGA